CAGGGCAGGCUGGGCGGGGCCAGCAUGAGGCAACCAAUGAGAGCGCGAAAGCGGCCGGAAGUCACCGGGGUUGAGUGAGCAGCGGCAUGGCUGCGUUCCGGGAGUUGGGGUUGGCUCCAUGGCUGGUAGAGCAGGCGCGGCAGAUGGGGCUGAGCCGGCCUACGCCCGUGCAGGCCUCCUGCAUCCCGCCGAUACUGCAGGGCCGUGACUGCCUCGGUUGUGCUAAGACGGGUAGUGGGAAGACGGCAGCUUUCGUGCUGCCGGUGUUGCAGGUGCUCUCCGAAGACCCCUAUGGCAUUUUCUGCCUGGUGCUAACGCCCACCAGGGAGCUGGCCUACCAGAUCGCUGAGCAGUUCCGUGUGCUGGGGAAGCCGCUGGGCCUGAAGGACUGCGUGGUGGUGGGCGGCCUGGACAUGGUGGCACAGGCCCUGGAGCUCUCCCGCAAACCCCACGUUGUCAUCGCAACGCCUGGCAGGCUGGCGGAUCAUCUUCGCAGUUCCAACACGUUCAGCCUUAAAAAGCUCAAAUUCUUGGUUUUGGAUGAAGCUGACCGGUUGCUGGAGCAGGGCUGUGCUGACUUCACGGCAGACCUGGAGGUGAUUCUGGAAGCUGUUCCAGCACGCAGGCAGACGCUGCUGUUCAGUGCCACGCUGACCGAUACGCUGAAUGAGCUGAAGAGCCUGGCCAUGAACAGACCUUUCUUCUGGGAGGCUGCAUCCGAGGUGCGGACAGUAGAUGAACUGGACCAGCGUUACUUGCUUGUACCUGAGGCAGUUAAGGAUGCAUACCUUGUGCAUUUAAUCCAGACCUUCCAGGAUGAGCAUGAAGACUGGUCUAUUAUUAUUUUUACCAAAACCUGCAAGGAAUGUCAAAUCUUGAAUAUGAUGCUUAGGAAGUUCAGUUUUCCUUCUGUAGCUCUGCAUUCCAUGAUGAAACAGCGGCAACGAUUUGCAGCUCUAGCAAAAUUCAAAUCCAGCAUCUUUAAGAUUCUUAUUGCUACAGAUGUUGCUGCCAGAGGCUUGGACAUUCCUACUGUACAAGUUGUCAUCAACCACAACACUCCAGGCCUGCCAAAAAUCUACAUCCACCGGGUUGGCCGGACAGCUCGUGCAGGUCGGAACGGAAUCUCUAUUACAAUGGUGACACAGUAUGACAUCCAUCUUGUGCAUGCUAUCGAGGAGGAGAUCAAACUGAAGCUGCAGGAGUUUUCUGUGGAAGAGAAACUGGUGCUUGACAUCCUUAACCAUGUGAAUAUUACAAGGAGGGAGUGUGAAAUAGAACUGGAGUACAUGGAUUUUGACGAGAAGAAAGAAAUAAAUAAGCGGAAACAAAUGGUCCUUGAAGGAAAGGAUCCAGAUCUGGAGGAAAAAAGGAAGGCAGAGCUGGCCAAGAUCAAAAAGAAAAACAAUAAAUUCCGUGAGAAGGUCCAGCAGACACUGCAGGAAAAGAAGCAACUGCAGAUGAAGAGGAAACUACAGAAGAAAAUGGAGCGGCGGAACAAACUGCGUGCUAAGGAAGAGAAAUAACAUCCUUGGCCUCCCACUGAUGGAGGGAGUGUGGGAGCUCUGCUGGUUGGCUUGGACUGCCCUGAUGUUGCUGCUGCUUUGGGAAUACUGGGAUCCAAGAGUUUUUAUGUGGACACUUUAACCUGAAACCAGUGUUGGAGAGUAUGAGGAAGGUGGAUGAGGGGAGAAGGGACAGUUUGAUAAAUGUCCCCAUUACUUUUCCUCUCUGUGUAGUGCUGCUGGCUCGGGUCUUUCCUGUCAGGCUCGGUCAAUCUCUUGAAAGAAUGUCUUUUUCAAGAGUAUGUUUCCUUCCUCUGGUAAAGGAGAGGCCAGACCAGAAUUCUUGGUGAUACAAAGGGAAAUAAAGAUCCUCUCUCUCUCUUCCCCUCCA